CGGGUGAAGGAGGCUUAAAAGUGACUCUUAGUAGAGUUUUUUUUGCGGCGUAUGUUAUUGUGACUAAAAAAGUGCCGGCUUAGUGAUAGAAAAUUGUGACUUAAUCGAUAAGCAAAAUGGCAUUAGAACUGAGUUGUCAUAACGCAUCGAUGCCAUUAGAUUUUAGUAGUCAGAGAGAGUCGAGCAGGAGUCCCGAAUUGAAUGUUUCAGACUCAGCUCCUGCGAGUCCUCUACCGACGGGUAAUGUUGGAAGUAGCGCCUUUACUGUAGUCACACCAAAGGGAAGAGAUAAAAAUAGCGAAAGGAGCUCACCUUCGCCGCUCCAAUUCCAAGCCACUCCUGGCUUCCAAAGCUAUUGUCGAUCUCUUUGGGGCUCAGCUUUACCCGGUGGACAUCGAUACCUUUCGACUCUAGCUCAAACAACCAGCGAUGUAUCCAAAGGCAAAUCACCAGAGCCUAUUUCCUUUGGGAUCAAUCGUCUAGUGUCGAAAUCAGACGAUGAAGAUGAAUCGGUUAACAAUAACAACACCAAAUAUUGUCCAAAAGAGGAAAGUAGCAGUUGCUUUAGUGGAGACGAGAGGACAUCGCCGAGAAAUAGUACCUGGGAUCAUUCACCUAACAGACCUUCACUCAGUACUAGUCCCGAAUUGGAGGUGGAUUCACCUCCGCGAUCUAGAACGAAUUCACCAUCAUUCAGAGAUUCACCUCGUCCAUCAUCAGUCACUGACAUCCAAAAAGAAGUGGUGGAUUCUCCAACCAGCAAAAAAAGUGAAGCUUUUUCAGUAAGCGCCCUUCUACGACCAGAUAAUCCAUCAAAAAAGCUCAAAACGCCUCCAUGCUAUCAGGAAACCAUUUCAGUUACCCGCUCUUACCUUUACCCACCUUUCGUUGAUCUCAUGAAAGAUGCCCAAUCCUUACAGAAAAAUUCUCCCGAAUACUCUCCUACAUUUCUACCAAGAGGCUUCGUACAUCCUUCAUUUUUCCCUCCAAGCUUAUACCAGCCAAAAGAAGGAGAAGAAAGAAGCUUCCUACCAACACCAACGUCGCUAUACUUCAGCGCGAUGGCGGCUGCGAUGGCCAGUAGUAAUCAGUCGGGUGCUCAAUACCCGGCAACGCCUUCGGCUGAAGAUAUUUACAGGCUGAGACAUCAUUUCAUGAACAAUCCUAGCGCGAUGCAUCCUCAUCAUCAUCAUUUGCUGAUGAGGCCUGGCAUGAUGCCGGUGGGCGACGUUUAUUCUUGUAUCAAAUGUGAAAAAAUGUUUUCAACGCCGCAUGGAUUGGAAGUGCACGCCAGGAGAUCGCAUAAUGGUAAACGACCGUUCGCUUGUGAACUUUGCAAUAAGACUUUUGGACAUGAAAUUAGUUUGAGUCAACAUCGAGCUGUACACAACGUAGAAAAAAUCUUCGAAUGCAAGCAAUGCGGAAAAACCUUCAAGAGAUCCUCAACCCUAUCGACGCACCUUUUAAUCCACUCAGAUACGAGACCGUACCCUUGCCAGUACUGCGGCAAACGUUUCCACCAAAAAUCCGAUAUGAAAAAGCACACCUAUAUACAUACCGGUGAGAAGCCUCACAAGUGUUCCGUCUGCGGGAAAGCCUUCAGCCAAUCCAGCAACUUGAUUACGCAUUCCAGAAAACACACCGGCUUUAAACCUUUCGCCUGCGACUUGUGCGGUCGCGCCUUCCAACGCAAAGUCGACCUGAGACGGCACAAGGAAACUCAGCACACCGAAUUGCGACCUAUCGUCACAUAGUGCCAGACUGCCGGAAGUAGUGCUACUACGCUUCCGGUGGUGAACACUAGAAAUCAGGUACAAAGUUUGGACAGCGGCAAAGGGUUUUUUAGGCCUCAAAUGGGACAAUUUGGACAAGAGCCGGGAUUAAUGGUGCAAGGCGGUGUUGAGGGUAUGAGAGCUAGGUUUUCAAAUGUUUGUUGGACGAAUUGAAAAUUUGUUAUUGUUAAUUUGGAGCUAGAGUGCUUUCCAUUUACCUAAAAACUGAAUGCUAAACUCUAUCGACUCUAAUUAGUAUGUAUUUUUUGGGCGAAGUUAAUUUUUAAGGUUACCAGUUGUAUCUGUGAUUUUAGAUGCCGGUUUGGGCACUUUGUACAUUUUGUAUAUAAUAUUAUUGGAAAUAUGACUAGACAAACCCAAAGAAUUACCCAACGCUUUUUUGUUUUUUGUCUGUCGCAAUAAAUGUUGUUGUACAUACAAUUUCUUUUCAAUAUUAAUUGAAUAUUUUUGUCUUGUAUAGAUACGCUGUGAUGUUUGGCACCGCAAUCUGGUAUGUUUUAGGGUUAUCAUUACAAAUCUAAAGGAAAUAUCACCUUGCGAUAAUCAAUGAUGUACUGGAUGCCGCGUUCCUUGGUGCACUCAAAAAUUUCAAUUCCUGGCACGAAAAAGCCAACGUUUCUUUAACAUACCAGGUUACAGUGCUUGUGCUCACAGUUCUAAAAAUAAAAUUGUAAGAUUAUUAUUAUAUAAAUUUAAAAAAAAUUGUCUCAGAGUGGUCUGUCAUGUCUUGUCUGUGCAAUUAUGAAUGUGCAAUAUAAAACUCUUUUUCAACAUAUCACAGGCGUUUUUUCAAAGGAAAAUGUUCACGAGUAAAAAACCUUUCAUUGUAUAAAAAAAAAAAAUGUUAUUCUUCUGGCAAAUAAAAUUGUAUUAGAA